AUGGGAAAGUCUCUGGAACAAGUUACUAUUUUAACCAAUCCAGACUUCAAAUAUUGGUCUCAGAUAAUCCCCGCGAUGGUGGAAACCGAAGAUUGGGCAUUUGUUGAUGAAGACUAUAUUACAUGGAAGAAUUCCUUUGAAAAAUUCUGGUUAUUCACUGCCAUUGACAAAGAUACAGACGAAACCGUUGGAAGUAUAACUCUAGCAUUUGAUCGCUCCAUAUCUGGUGAUGACGAAUGUUAUUACGUGGGCAUGUUUUAUGUGCGUGAAGAGUGGCGAGGCUCUGGAGUUGGUGUCGCAUUGUUUGACAAAGUCAUGGAAAUUGGCCGUAAUUCAAAUAUGACUUUGCAUGGAGUUCUGAAAAUGUCGCCGAAGUAUGCAGCGAAGUAUGGAUUCGACAAAAUGCCAAAUUAUAAGCAUGUGUUUGCAUCAGUACCCACCGAACAUCUUGUAAUACCGGAAGCGGAUCCGCAAUACAUUUUGAAGGUGGGUUUCCUUCGGAAUAAGUGUAAA